UCGGCAUUAAAACAAAACAACCGGAAUCGGAGAAUUUUCGCAAUUUUAAUAAUUAAAAAAAAUUAAUAUAAACUUAAAAUAAAAAAAAAUAAGUAAAAAUUGUUUAAGUUGCAAUAAAUUGGAUUUAAAUAAAGAACUAACGCCUAGCUUGAUAUAAUUCAAAAACGAAAUUGUGAAAGUUGAGGCGUCUAAUUUGCUUUGACAUUUUUGGUCUGAAAUUUUAGAUUAGCUGUGACAGAGUGGCUUCCAUAUUUGUUCCCAAAGUGAAAAAAUCAUCAACAGGUUAUCAAUUUCGUAUUAAAUAAGUAUAUAAAUUAAAAGAAGAGAAGUUAGCUUAUAUAUUUUUUAAUGAUAAAAUAAUUUGUGGAAAAAUGACGUUAAAAACAGAGAAUAUUGUACGGAAAGUUGUAUGGAAAAGGAUAACGGAUUCGAAAGGGCCUCAACCGCGUCCCAGACAUGGACAUAGGGCAGUUAAUAUAAAAGAUUUAAUACUAAUAUUUGGUGGCGGCAACGAGGGAAUAGUUGAUGAAUUUCAUGUUUAUAAUACAAGUUCAAAUCAGUGGAUAGUUCCGGCUAUGAAAGGAGAUGUUCCACCAGGUUGUGCAGCAUAUGGUUUGGUAGUCGAUGGAACGAAAAUUUAUGUUUUUGGCGGCAUGAUUGAAUAUGCAAAGUAUUCUAAUGCUUUGUACCGUUUAGAUGCAUCCAAGUGGGAAUGGAAACGUUUGGAUCCUGAUCCUCCUGAAAAUGGAGAAGUUCCGUGUCCACGACUUGGUCACAGCUUCACUUUGGUUGAUAAUAGGAUAUUUUUGUUUGGUGGACUUGCAAACGAAACAAAUGAUCCAAAAAAUAAUAUUCCCCGAUACAUGAAUGAUCUAUAUACUUUACAAAUUCGUAAUGUUGAAGGAGACGGUGUUUGGAACAUACCGCAAACUCAUGGUGAUCAACCCUCCCCGCGCGAAUCUCAUACUGGCGUAGCAUAUAUUUCGAAAAAAGCAAACCAAAAUACGCUUGUUAUAUACGGUGGAAUGAGCGGAUGUCGUUUAGGUGACUUAUGGUUUUUAAAUACAGAAACAAUGACGUGGACACAACCAAGUACAACUGGUAUUGCCCCUUUACCUAGGUCAUUACAUACGUCAACCAUUAUCGGGAAUAAGAUGUAUGUUUUCGGUGGAUGGAUUCCGCUAAUUGUUAAUGAUAGUGAACUUGCUACGCAUGAGUGGAAGUGUACUAAUUCUUUAGCAGCAUUGAAUUUGGAAAGUCUGAUUUGGGAAGAUUAUUCAAAUAUACAAGGUGAUGAAGAGCAAAUUCCAAAAUCUAGGGCUGGUCAUUCAGCAGCGAAUGUUAAUGGAAGACUAUUUAUCUGGUCUGGGCGAGAUGGUUAUCGUAAAGCAUGGAAUAAUCAGGUUUGUUGCAAAGACCUCUGGUAUCUUGAAGUUGAUGUACCUCAAACAGCUCCAAAAGUAACAGUGAAUCGUGUAUCCAAUAAUUCAUUUGAAAUAAGCUGGGCCGAGGUACCAUUUUCUGCAGCCUAUUUUAUACAAAUUCAAAAACUAGAAACAGAAAAGAAGAGAUUACCAAUUUUGGAUGGCGAACAAACACCUCAAACAAAUGCUGCCGCUUUAUCUGCUGAAUUAUCGCCCAAACGGGAAGUGAGUAGCACAACAUCAUCCACAACAUUACUUCAAAAAACACAGACGCCUAAAUCGCAAAUAUUGACCCAGUCAAUGUCUCCUUCUGUAGUAAGUACUACAGCUGAUUCUACCACCGAAAUAUCAAAACCACAGCAAAUACAGCUUAAUCCCAAAUCCACUGUUACUCCAUCAGCGCCCUCUGCCGUCACUCAAGCACCCUUCAGCGCAGUUGUCAAAUCGGUUAGCAGCAUUGUUGUUCCAAGUGCUGGUAUCAAAACAUCUAACUUAGUAAGUUCUACAUCCGCUACUGCAGUAAAUCAACAGCAAAGUGUUGCAAAGCAUAUAACAAGUGGUAAUAUCGCUGGAAAACCUUUAACAAUUACUGGGCAAAAUGUCAAAUAUACAGUACUUAAACCUGGAAUGGUUUUGAAAACCUUACCAGGAACUUCAGGGGCCUCGGGAGUCGUUCAAGUAAGUCAACCAGGUCCGAAACUACUUGCAGGUGGCGUUCAGGUUUUAAAUACAGGAACAUCUGUACAAGGAACUAAAAACAUUGUUAAAAUUUUACCGCAAAAUAUUUCAACUAGUGGAACAACUACUUUGCCGGGAAGUGGUGGACAAAAGAUUGUCAAAAUUCUACCGCAACAAUUAGCAACUAUUGGUGGCAAAACUGUUUUAAUUAAUCAACAAACUCCUAUAAAAUUGGGAAACAUUCAACAAGGGCAAUUGCAACAACAACAAAAUAAGCCAAAACUUGUUUUUAUGAAUCCUCAAGGUCAAGUUCAGACAAUACAAACAAAUGCUACGCAUUCAGCUCCUCAAAAAUUUGUACUAGUAAGCACUUCAGGGAGCAUGCCAGCUUCUAAUAUUGUAAAUCAAACCAUGGCUACAAAUAUUGGCAACAAAAUUGUCUCUAUAGUUCCCUCUUCGGGUGCAUCAGGUGUAAACACAGCACGAUUGGUUACAAGUUUAGGCGGUUCAGGUCAACAAAUCAGGGUGCAAGGAAACGCAAAUAUUGGGCAAGUCAUUGCCACUAGCAGCACCCAACAAGUUCCCCAAACAACAACCAUCACCUUAGGAGGUAAACAAAUGGUUGUUCAAAUGACGGGGGAAAACACUUUUAAACUUUUAAAUAGUGCACAAGUAACUGCACAAACUUCACAACAAAAUUCAGCACAAAUUCAGUCAGCCAGGGUAUUAACAUUACCAAGUAGACAAAUAUUAACAACAAACCAGUCUUUCGAUGACACCUCUGUUUCAAAUAAUAUUGAGCAACUUGACGGAACUAGUUAUACAGAAAAAGAUAGCGAGCUCAUGACAAGUGCCGAAAAUAAUGAAAUUGAAGAAAUUUUGAAUGAUAAUGGAACUAUAUCCCUUAUAAAAACUGAUUUUAAAUUUAAAGAUAGAUUUCAGAAACAUCAAAAUAAAUUAUCAAAAAUGAUUCCCCGUUACGUCAAGAUGGGUUUGUUUGGUGGUGCUGGUAAUUCCAAAACGAAUGACGAUAAUGUAAAUAAUGCGUCAGAAAGUAACACAUCUUCAAACAAUAACAUUAACAGUACAACAAAUGAAAAUCUUCCAACUAGCGCUGAAAAAAAUGUUGAAAGCACUUCAUGUUUGAAUAAAUGUUCAGAUGCAGAGGACUUGAAAAAAAAGGAAAUUAAAUUAUUUAAUCAAGAACAAUAUGAAGAGAAUUUAAAAUGGCAUACUGUGGGUUUUGUGAAAGGAACAUCACAUUCAAUCAAAGAUUUUAUUAAUAGUGCGACAUGGAAUCUGAAUAAUGUUAACACAAAUAUUAGUGCGGAAAAUUUGCCAUCUUUAGCAGAUUUAGAACGGGAAACAUUAGAAGCCGGAACAACAUAUAAAAUUAGAAUAUGUGCCAUUAACGAAAUUGGUUGUGGAUCGUGGAGCGAAUCAGUCAAUUUACGUACGUAUAGUCCUGGUUUUCCUGGUGCUCCAUCAUCUGUAAAAAUUACAAAACUGGCGACUGGGGCACAUUUAACAUGGAAAUCGCCAAGUGAUACACAGGAACAAGAUAUUUUAGAGUACGUCGUCUAUUUGGCAAUGAAGACUAAUCAAGUUGUCGUCGAUUCAAAACUGCAAUUAUCUUUUACAAAAGUUUACUCAGGAGCAUCGAAUAGUUGUAUUGUAUCAAAUAAAUUAAUUGAAGAUGCAUACAUUGAUAAGACACCGAAACCAACAAUUUUGUUCAGAAUUACAGCUAAAAAUGCCAAAGGUGUUGGUCCAGCUAUACAAGUUAGAUGGUUAGUUGAUUCAGUAACACCAGCAACAACUGGUAGUACUCCUUCGCCUCACGGAUUAAUGAAAAGAACAGCUCCGCCUAAUGCCUUAACUGGUGAUAUACUGGCAAAACGGGUUAAAUAAUGAGAAUUAUUUCGAAUUCACCCCUCUUCGCUAACUUAUAGGGACUUAAUUUCUAGUUUCAGUUUUAGUUUUAAAUUACAUAUUGAAAUUGCAGUAUAUUUAAUAUUUUCAGUACAUCUAAUGUACUGCAGUUAUUUAACACUUUCACUAAUUUUUUUCAAUUAGACUUAAUUUUUAUUUAACUAUGUAUGUGUCUAAUCCCUUUAUGAAAAAUAUUUGAACUAUUUUUCAAUUUUGUUUUUGAUAUCCUAAAAAAAUGUAGGCUUAAUAUCUUAAAAUAUACUCUAGUUAAUAAAAGUAUU